CAAUCAGGGGAGACUUUAUGUGUUGCACCGGUGCACCGGGAAAAGGUGCACUGAAAAUAUCCGCAGGAGGACAGCGAGACUCCGACUGGUGUCUUUACUGGGAAAUGGAGGAUGACGUUGCGUUUUAUAAGGAGCUACCAAAGGUGGAGCUCCACGCUCACCUGAACGGCUCCGUGAGCGUCCAGACCGUGGAGAGGCUCAUCCAGCGGAAACCGCACCUCAACAUUGAACACAGCAUGACGGCUAUCGGUAAAGGCCAGCGGAGGACACUGGACGAAUGUUUUGAGGUAUUCAAAGUAAUCCACAAACUGGUGGACACGGAUGAGGAUAUCCUGAUGGUGGCGAAAGAUGUCAUCAAAGAGUUUGCGGCUGAUAACGUGAAAUAUCUUGAGCUGAGAAGUACCCCGAGGGAAGAGAAGGACACAAGGCUAACAAAAAAGAGCUAUGUCGAUGCUGUCAUUAAAGCCAUUCAGCAGUGUAAAAACGAGGGUUUGGACAUCGACGUCAGGUUUUUGGUGGCCAUCGACCGCAGGAAUGGCCCGGAGGUUGCACUGGAGACGGUGAAGCUGGCGGAGGACUUCAUGCUGUCGUCUGGAGACCUGGUGGUGGGAAUCGACCUCAGCGGAGAUCCAACGGUGGGCCAUGGCAGGGUUCUGCUUCCUGCUUUGGAGAGAGCCAGAAACAGUGGACUGAAGCUGUCACUGCACAUGUCAGAAGUUCCCUCCCAGCUGGAGGAGUCCGAACUGCUGCUGAAUCUUCCUCCUGACCGGAUCGGUCACGGUACCUUCCUGCAUCCUGAAAUGGGCGGCUCUCAAUCCCUUGUAGACCGAGUGGUGAAACACCAGAUCCCUCUGGAGAUUUGCCUGACAUCAAACGUCAAAGGACAAACUGUGCCGAGUUACUCCCAACACCACUUCAGAUACUGGUACCAGCUGGGACAUCCAUGUGUCAUUUGUACCGACGAUAAGGGCGUGUUUUGUACGGACUUGUCCCAGGAGUACCAGCUGGCUGCGUCCGCCUUCGGUCUGAGCCGUGACGCCGUGUGGAGGCUUUCUGAGCGAGCUGUGGACUGCGUCUUCGCGGGAGAGGCUGUGAAGCAGCAGCUCAGACAGAAGUGGACAGAGUUACAGCCCGGGCUGCUCAAGUGACCCGAGCUCCCAUUGGGGAGACCAUUUCAAACAUCUGGGUUUAUUUAAUUUUUGACUGAAACCCAAAAGAAAACUGUAAAAUGUACAUAUAUAAAAAUGUUUUAAUAUGUU